CCCUCCCGUAGUCCCUUCAAACCAAAUCAGAUUCAGCGGAAGAUAUAGCAGAAGUCGAAUCCCUCGAGUUUCUUUGUCAAAAAUGUCGUGGCAGGCGUACGUUGAUGACCAUCUCAUGUGUGAUAUCGACGGCCACAACCUCACCGCUGCCGCAAUCGUCGGUCUCGAUGGUAGCGUCUGGGCUCAGAGCUCCUCCUUCCCUCAGUUUACGCCUCAAGAAAUUGCUGCCAUCAAUAAGGACUUUGAUGAACCCGGCUCCCUUGCCCCUACUGGCUUACAUCUGGGUGGCGUAAAGUAUAUGGUCAUCCAAGGAGAACCUGGAGCUGUCAUUCGUGGGAAGAAGGGUGCUGGCGGGAUCACUGUGAAGAAAACCGGCCAAGCUCUGAUAUUUGGUAUCUAUGAUGAACCUUUGACUCCAGGGCAGUGUAACAUGAUUGUUGAGAGGUUGGGAGACUAUCUGAUUGAUCAGGGGCUGUAGAUCAUAUCUCAACAACACAUACUUUGAACAAUUUUCAUUUGAUCUCGGGAUUGCAUCUAUCUUCCUUUUAAUUAAUGUGUUCCUGAAAUGAUAUUGGAGUUGUUUGUCGAAAAAAUAACCAGAUAAGGAAAGAGAAAAAAAAUUAGUCUUUAUUUUAAUGCUAGCUUUUCCUUCUUUGAA